CCCGAAUCUGAGAUUAUACCGGUGCUUCGCUUCUUAACCGAUGAGAUUUCGAUUUCAGAGGAAGACAUACCCAAAUCGAUCUCUCGUUGUCCUCGAUUGCUAAUUUCAUCUGUAGAUCACCAGCUUCGUCCCGCAUUAGCGUUUCUCAAAACCCUAGGAUUCGUCGGACGAGACACGAUUACGUCACGGAACACUGUGUUGCUUGUAUCGAAUGUGGAACGAACCCUAAUCCCUAAAAUUGAGUACCUUGAAGAAGGGUUAGGGUUUACAAGAGAAGAGGUAGCGAAGAUGGUUGUGAGAUCUCCGGCGUUGUUGACUUAUAGUGUGGAUAACAAUUUAGUUCCUAAAGUUGAGUUUUUUAUGGAGGAGAUGCGUGGUGAUGUCAAGGAGCUUAAACGUUUCCCUCAGUAUUUUUCGUUUAGCUUGGAGAGGAAG